CUGACUCCGCCCCGCUGCAGACAGACUCGGCAGCUCCAUUGAAUCCCCGCUAACUCCGCUCCGGCUGCAGCGGCGGGACCAGUGUAGAGGCAGCAGCAGCAGCUCCAGCAGCCCCGGCUCCGCUCCCUCCAGCCCGAUCCCCGCCCACACCGCGGCCGGCGGCAGCCAAACACCCAGGUCUGCUAGCGGGAGGCUAACGGCCCCGACAUGGCGAGCGCCUCGUACCACAUCUCCAACCUGCUGGAGAAGAUGACCUCCAGCGACAAGGACUUCAGGUUUAUGGCAACUAAUGACCUGAUGACGGAACUACAGAAAGAUUCAAUAAAACUGGACGACGACAGCGAGAGGAAGGUGGUGAGGAUGAUCCUCAAGCUGUUGGAAGACAAGAAUGGAGAAGUUCAGAACUUGGCUGUCAAAUGCCUGGGACCUCUGGUCAGUAAAGUGAAAGAGUACCAAGUGGAGACGAUCGUGGACACUCUGUGCACCAACAUGCUGUCGGACAAAGAGCAGCUCAGAGACAUUUCUUCCAUCGGACUCAAAACUGUGAUUGGAGAGUUGCCGCCUGCUUCCAGUGGCUCAGCUUUAGCUGCCAGUGUUUGUAAGAAGAUAACGGGUCGGUUGACAAGUGCCAUCGCCAAACAGGAAGAUGUAUCGGUGCAGCUGGAGGCACUCGACAUCAUGGCAGAUAUGCUUUGCAGACAGGGCGGUCUUUUGGUGAAUUUCCAUCCCUCCAUCCUCAGCUGUCUCCUCCCCCAGCUCACCUCCCCCAGACUGGCCGUCAGAAAGAGGACCAUUAUGGCUCUGGGCCAUCUGGUGAUGUCCUGCGGUAACCUGGUCUUCAUUGACCUGAUCGAGCACCUUCUGACUGAGUUAGGGAGAAAUGACAACAUGUCAACCACUAGGACGUACAUCCAGUGCACGGCUGCCAUCAGCAGACAGGCUGGCCACAGGAUCGGAGAGUAUCUGGAGAAGAUCAUCCCUCUGGUUGUGAAGUUCUGUAACGUGGAUGAUGAUGAGCUCAGAGAAUACUGCAUCCAGGCCUUUGAGUCCUUCGUCAGGAGGUGUCCAAAAGAGGUUUAUCCCCAUGUUCCCACUGUCAUCUCCAUCUGCCUGCGCUACCUAACCUAUGACCCCAAUUACAACUUUGAUGAUGAAGAUGAGGAUGAUAACGCCAUGGAUGCUGAGCAGAAUGAUGAGGACUACCAAGGCAGUGACGAUGAAUACAGUGAUGACGAUGACAUGAGCUGGAAGGUCCGGAGGGCGGCAGCCAAGUGCCUGGAUGCCGUCGUUUCAACUCGUCACGAGAUGCUGCCAGAGUUUUAUCGCUCUGUCUCCCCUGCACUCGUCUGCCGCUUCAAGGAGAGGGAGGAGAACGUGAAAGCAGAUGUUUUCCACGCCUACCUGUCGCUGCUGAAACAGACCAGACCAGCUCAGAGCUGGUUGGCUGAUCCAGAUGCCAUGGAGCAGGGAGAAACCCCACUAACGAUGCUCCAGAGCCAGGUGCCCAUGAUUGUGAAAGCUCUUCACAAGCAGCUGAAGGAGAAAAGUGUCAAAACUCGUCAGUGUUGUUUCAACAUGUUGACAGAGCUGGUGAAUGUCCUCCCAGGAGCCCUUACUCAGCACAUCCCAGUGCUAAUACCAGGUAUCAUCUUCUCUCUGAAUGAUAAGUCAAGCAGCUCCAACCUGAAGAUCGACGCUUUGGCCUGCCUCCAUGUCAUCAUGGUCACGCACCCAGCUCACGCCUUCCACGCCCACGUCCCUGCCCUCGUCCCGCCCGUGGUGGCAUGUGUGGGAGACCCCUUUUACAAGAUCACCUCUGAGGCUUUACUUGUCACCCAGCAGCUUGUCAAGGUGAUCCGACCACUGGAUAACCAGUCAGAGGGCUCUGACAGCUUUGACCCCUCCCCCUACAUCAAUGACCUCUUCACCUGCACGAUUAAGCGCCUGAAGGCCGCCGACAUAGACCAGGAAGUCAAAGAACGAGCCAUUUCCUGUAUGGGACAGAUCAUCUGUAACCUAGGCGACCGUCUGCCCAAUGAGCUUCCAGGAACACUGCUGAUCUUUUUAGAGCGCCUGAAGAACGAGAUCACACGGCUGACGACGGUGAAAGCUCUGACGUUGAUUGCCGGCUCUCCGUUGAAAAUCGAUUUGAGGCCAGUUCUUCCUGAUGCCGUUCCCAUCCUGGCCUCCUUCCUCCGAAAGAACCAACGAGCUCUAAAGCUCUGCACUCUGGCCGCUCUGGACAUCCUGCUCCGGAACUACAGCUCUGCAGUGACUCCCGUCAUGGUGGACGCCGUCCUGGCCGAGCUGCCCCCUCUCAUCUCGGAGAGCGACAUGCACGUGUCUCAGAUGGCACUGAGCUUCCUGUCCACUCUGGCCGUGACUCACCCGUCCUCGCUGGGGCAGCUGAGCGGAGGGAACAUCCUGCAGCAGCUAAUUGCUCUGGUUCGAUCACCGCUCCUGCAGGGCGGGGCUCUCGCCGCUAUGCUGGAAUUCUACCAGGCCUUGGUGGGUACAGAGACUCCCGGUCUGGGUUACAUGGACCUGCUAAGGAUGCUGACGGGCCCAGUUUACUCGCAGAGUGCAGCUCUGCCUCACAAGCAGGCGUACUGCUCAAUCGCCAAAUGUGUGGCAGCUCUGACGAGAGCCUGUCCCACCGAGGGCCCCGCUGUGGUGGGACAGUUCAUUCAGGAUGUGAAGAACAGCCGCUCAACAGACUCCAUCCGGCUGCUCGCCCUGCUCUCAUUGGGUGAAGUGGGACAUCACGUGGACCUCAGUGGUCAGCCAGAACUCAAGACUGUUAUCCUGGAUGCUUUCUCUUCCUCCAGUGAAGAGGUGAAAUCUGCAGCUUCGUAUGCACUAGGCAGCAUCGCUGUGGGGAAUCUUCCAGAGUAUCUGCCCUUCGUCCUGCAGGAGAUCUCCUCCUCCAAGAGGCAGUACCUGCUGCUGCACUCACUCAAAGAGAUCAUCAGUUCGGCGUCUGUGGCUGGUCUGAAACCAUACGUGGAGUCAGUUUGGGCUCUGCUGCUCAAACACUGUGAGUGUCAAGAGGAAGGAACCAGGAAUGUGGUGGCCGAAUGUUUGGGAAAACUGACGCUGAUUGACCCCGAAACCCUGCUGCCCCGCCUCAAAGGAUACCUGCUGUCAGGUUCAUCAUACGCUAGGAGCUCCGUGGUAACGGCGGUGAAGUUCACCAUCUCUGAUCAACCACAGCCCAUCGACCCACUGCUAAAGAACUGCAUAGGUGAUUUCCUGAAAACGCUGGAGGACCCGGACCUAAACGUGCGACGUGUUGCCUUGGUAACAUUCAACUCUGCUGCCCACAACAAACCCAGUCUGAUCCGAGAGCUGCUGGACUCAGUUUUACCACAACUUUACAAUGAGACCAAAGUGAGGAAGGAGCUGAUCCGAGAGGUGGAGAUGGGCCCUUUCAAACACACUGUGGAUGAUGGGUUGGACUUGAGGAAGGCUGCGUUUGAGUGCAUGUAUACUCUGCUGGACAGCUGCCUGGACCGGCUCGACAUCUUCACCUUCCUGAACCACGUAGAAGACGGUCUCAAAGACCAUUAUGACAUCAAGAUGCUGACAUUCCUGAUGCUGGCCAGACUGUCAUCGCUGUGUCCCAGUGCUGUUCUGCAGAGACUAGACAGACUGGUGGAACCGCUGAGAGCCACCUGCACCACUAAGGUGAAGGCAAACUCGGUGAAGCAGGAGUUUGAGAAGCAGGACGAGCUGAAGCGCUCGGCAAUGCGAGCUGUCGUCGCGCUGCUGACAAUCCCUGAGGCUGAGAAGUCGCCGCUGAUGUCAGAAUUUCAGUCCCAGAUCUCGUCCAACCAAGAGCUGGCGGCCAUCUUCGACUCCAUCCAGAGAGACUCCAGCUCCGCCAACAUGGAAUCCAUGGAUACCAGCUAAAUGGACAGACAUGGAACAACUUCCCACGAUGCAACACGGCACCACCCCGCUGCUGGAGCGCUAACCCUGCAGCAUGUUUCCAUGACAACAGGACGCAGAGACAGACACACACACAUAUACAUACACACACUUAACAUACAGUAUACAUUUGUAGUGACACACCAUCUCCUAGCGAUUGAUCGUUCCAUGAUGCAUUGCACUGAAAUCAGCUGUUGGAAAAGAAAGCUGUUGGAAAAGGAGGAAGACUGGUGUACAGCUCACACAAACAAAAAGAACUUAAAGAUCGCAACAUAAAAAAUUCCUGAAAAAUAAUUUCCAUCAGGCUUGGAAGCUCCUCCCACUUCCUUUUUUUUCGUAAUUUUUUUUUUUUUUACGAGGUCUUCUGAUUGGGUGCUCUCUCCGUGCAUCAUUCUUCUUCCUUUUUUUAAAUUCUUUUUUUUUAUUAUAAUUCCAGAAAGUUCCACAGGUACUGUGGCCUGAUUGGCCACUGCUGAGUGACUGACAGCAUGUCAUCAAAACUGACCAAUGGGGGAAGAAAAACAGCCUUUUCUUAUUGGGGCUGUGGUGACCAAUGGGAGAAGGGUUUGCUUCUUUUUUUUUUUUUUCUUUCUUCCAUUUGUUUUGUUUUUUGUGAAAGAUGUAGGCAACCAAUAGGAGGCUUUGGGGGAGAAAACAGUUGGUGGGCUUUUACUGUUUUGUGGACCAAUCAGCAUCUCUUGUUUCUGCCUGAUUUAAUAGACCCACCCUCACUUCUUCACUCCAGCAAGGAAGAGGAAGGAUUAUUGGACCAGACCCCAUCAGACCUGAGCGGACCACAUUGGCUGUUACAAUUCCCAGUGUAAAACAAAUUUACAAUAUUCUGUUGGCUGCACACGGUUUCUCAAACCGGUUCGAGCUGGUUAAGCCUGGUCAACUGCAGUUUGAUUUAACUGUCAUUCUAGUGUGCUUGGUUUAAUGUGUUUAAACCAGGUCCAGACUGGUUUAAUCCGGUUUUGUCCGUUCUGGUCUGGACAAUCCACUAUUGUUUAUCGCCCAACGAAAAAUAAAAAGGUCCAUUUCUGCCUGC